GUCAGUAGACAACAACCUGCCAGUGUAGGACAACUGAUUCCUCAGUAUGGACUCCAGACUACAGGAGGAGGAGGAUUUGCAGGAACAGGAGGAGAACCUGUCAGCAGGAAACAUUCUGCCAGUGUAGGACAACUGAUUCCUCAGUAUGGACCCCAGACUACAGGAGGAGGAGGAGGAUUUGCAGAAACAGGAGGAGAACCUACCAGUAGGAAACACCCUUCCGGUGAAGGACAACUGAUUCCUCAAUAUGGACCCCAGACUACAGGAGGAGGAGGAGGAUUUGCAGGAACAGGAGGAGAAUCUGUCCGUAGAAGACAACCUGCUGGUGUAGGACAACUGAUUCCUCAGUAUGGACCCCAGACUACAGGAGGAGGAGGAGGAUUUGCAGGAACAGGAGGAGAACCUGUCAGCAGAAAACAACCUGCCAGUGUAGGACAACUGAUUGCUAAAUACGGACCCCAGACUACAGGGGGAGGAAGAGAAGUACGUGCAGGAGGAGAACCUGUCAGUAGAAAACAACCUGCCAUUGUAGGACAACUGAUGCCUCAGUAUGGGCCCCAGACUACAGGAGGAGGAGGAGGAGUCACAGGAACAGGAGGAGAAAAUAGAGCAGAAGGGAAUAGCAUGGGACAAACAGUGAAUGAAGAAUCAAUGGAUGUCAAGAAGGACAAUCAAGAGAAAACUACUCAUUCAAGUACAUCUUCUGUGCGAAGCAAUUAUUUUGACUGGGACAAGUAUUUGAAAGAAACUGGUUCUAUAAGUGCUCCUUCAGAGUACUUCAGACAGUCUAAGAUUCCACCAACUAAUGAAUUCCAAGUUGGCAUGAAAUUGGAGGCACGUGACCCUCGCAAUAUUGCUUCGGUGUGCGUUGCUUCUGUUAUUGCAACUACUGGUGCCAGAUUGCGUUUACGACUGGAUGGUAGUGACAAUAAGAAUGAUUUUUGGAGACUUGUUGAUUCAUCAGACAUACAGCCUGUUGGGACCUGUGAACAGGAAGGAGAUUUACUUCAACCCCCACUGGGGUACAGAAUGAAUGUUUCAUCAUGGCCCAUGUUCUUACUACGAACACUCACUGGAUCUGAAUUGGCACCUGCAGUGCUCUUUAAGAAAGAACCACCACCACCACCCCUAAAUAAUUUUAAAGUUGGAAUGAAGAUUGAAGCUGUCGAUAGAAAAAAUCCAUUUUUGAUCUGUCCUGCCACCAUUGGAGCUGUCAGAGGAGAUCAAAUUCAUAUUACCUUUGAUGGAUGGAGUGGAACAUUUGAUUAUUGGUGUAAAUAUGACUCCCGGGACAUCUUUCCAGUUGGAUGGUGUUGCCUCACAGGAGAUGUUUUGCAGCCACCAGGAAAUAUUGCUGAAAGGAAACCAAGGAGCAAGGCAGUGACUAAACCUUGGAAAGAUGGAGCCACAGCUUUGGAAAAUGAAGAAGCAGCUCCAGAAGCUGCAGAAAACCCCAACAGCAGUGUAUUCACCAACCCUUUUGAGGAUGAAGACAAAGAUGAUCAAGCAACCACAGUUGUGAAAAAACCCAAGGGCAGAGGAUCCACCAAACCCGGGAAAGAUGAAGCCAGACCUGGAAAAGGUGCCCAAGCAGUUCCAGCCGGGAAAAAACCCAAGGGCAGAGGAUUCACCAAAACUUGGGAAGAAGCCAGACCAGGGAGAGAUGUCCAAACAGCCCCAGCUGGGAAAAAGCCCAAGGGCAGAGGAUUCACCAAACCUUGGGAAGAAGAAGCCAGACCAGGGAAAGAUGUCCAAGCAGCCCCAGUUGAGAGUAAAUCAAAGUGCAAGAGAGUCACCAAACCUUGGAAAGAACAGGCCACACCUUUUGAAGAUGAAGCAGAAGCCCCAGCUAAGAAAAAGCCCAAGGGCAAGACAGUCACCAAACCAUGGAAAGACCAAACCGAACUUUUUGAGUAUGAAGAAACAGCUCCAGAUGAGACAAAACCCAAGGGCAAGAGAGUAACCAAACCAUGGAAAGACCAAGCUGGACUUUUUGAGUAUGAAGAAUCAGCAGCACCAGCUGAGAAGAAACACAAGGGCAAAAAAGUCACCAAACCAUGGACAGACCAAGCUGGACAUUUUGAAUAUGAAGAAACAGGCCCAGCUGAGAAAAAACGCAAGGGCAAAAACGUCACCAAACCAUGGACAGACCAAACUGGACCUUUUGAAUAUGAAGAAGCAGGUCCAGUUGAAAAAAAACCCAAGGACAAGACAGUCACCAAACCAUGGAAAGACCAAGCUGGACUUUUUGAAUAUGAAGAAGCUGCUCCAGGUGAGAAAGAACGCAAGGGCAAGACAGUCACCAAACCUCGGAAAGACCAAACAAGACGUUUUGAAUAUGAAGGAGCUGCUCCAGCUGAGAAAAGACGCAAGAUAGUCGCCAAACCUCGGAAAGACCAAGCAAGACGUUUUGAAUAUGAAGAAACCGUCCAAGCUAAGAAAAAACGCAAGAACAAGAGAGUCAGUAAAUUUUGGGAAAACCAAGUCAAACUUUUGGAAGAUGAAGAAGCAAUUCCAGCUCUUUUCUCAGCUCUUUCAGUCAAGAGUGCAGAGAACACACCGCCUUCCUCUUGUAAACAAACAAAAUCUCCUACCUCUGCGAAAGCAAAGUCUUCCACCUCCAAAGGGGCUCAAUCUCCGAAAAACAAGUCUCCACAGAAAACAACUCCUGUACUACCAAUACCAAAGACCGGCAAGAAAUCAGGAAAAACUAAACCAACUGGAAAUACUUCAGCUACAACGAAGGGCGUUACUUUUCAAUUUGUUUUGCCAAAGAAAAGAGGUAGAAAGUCAGGAGGAAAGCAGGAAAAAUGUAUUCCAGUUGUUUCUUCUACAUCUAAAGCAUCUCUCAGUUCACUAAUGAGAAGCUCUUCGUCUAGUAAGUCUUCUGUGGGGCCAUCUAAAAUAGUGAUGUCUACAGUCUGUGUCUAUAUAAAUAAACAUGGAGAUUGUGGUCCCUACCUGAAUCCACAGAAAGUUCAACAGCUGCCUGACCAUUUUGGCCCAGGUCCUGUGAAUGUGAUUCUCCGGCGGACUGUGCAGGCCUGUGUGGAUUGUGCCGUUGAUUCCAAGACUGUGUUUUUAUUUAUUAAGCCAGAUAAUCGAGGAGGAGAAUUAAUAACUGCCUUCUUUGAUGAGAAAGUUCAUAGUGUUCAGCUCCCUCCAGUGAAUAGUGCAUCAUUUGCGCUUCGCUUUCUUGAAAAUUUCUGCCGCAGCAUGCAAUGUGAUAAGUUUUUGAGUAGUCAACCUUUCAAGUCUAAGGCUCAUAUUCAAACCUCUACUACAGACCUUGAUCAAAACAAACCAGCAGUAAAUGAGGAACUAAAGGAAAGGAGAAGACUCAAACGAUUUUCUCAACGACCUCUACCUUUUGCUUCGGUCUCAUCAAAGGUUCCCAGAAAGAGUGGGCGGGCCUCUAAAGCUUCAAGUUAUAUAGCUGUACCUGACCCCAGUGUCCUGAAACAAGGCUUCUGUAAGGACCCUUCAACCUGGUCUGUGGAUGAAGUGAUACAGUUUAUGAAACAUACAGAUCCUCACAUAUCAGGCCCCCUCGCCGACCUCUUCAGGCAACAUGAAAUUGAUGGAAAAGCUUUGCUACUACUGAAGAGUGAGCUGAUGAUGAAGUAUAUGGGGCUGAAACUAGGACCAGCAUUAAAACUAUGUUACUACAUUGAAAAACUUAAAGAAAUAAAAUAUAAUUGAAAAUGUGAAAAUUUAGAUUAGAGACAAUUCUCAGGUAUACUUAAAAUGUUUUACUUUAAAAGUAAUUUCCUUCUCAUCAGUUUGUAUUUUAUGAAAGGUUUUUAUAAAAAUAUUUUAUCAAAAUUGUAGUACAAUUACAUUGAUAGUAUGCUCUUACUCUUUAAACGACACUGAAUAUGUUUUAUUAGCAUACUUAUAACUGGCAAUUUAUUAUUUAUGUCUUUAAUUAUUUUUAUUGUGUUUACAAGUGUACGUAAUGUAGCAAACAGAGGAAAACCUUUUAUUAGGAUUAAUUUUUAUAUCUAGAACCAAAUAGCUAAACCCCAAAGGGGAAAAUACCAGCAACAUAAUCUAUUACAAAACCAUGACAAUUUUCUCUCAAAAGAACUUAAUGAUGCACUUAAGCUCCCGUCUCCUUCCCCAUUAUUCUAUUCAUGAUAUACUACUUCUAGAAAGGAAAGAGCCAUAUAAAUUAUUCUCCUUUGUUUUCAUGACCUUGCUGGUGUAUCUGUUCAUACAAAGGGGAAAACACAAGUUUAUAAGCUUGCAUAAAGUGUUCUUACUAGUCUUUGAUAUUUUUAGGAUAGAUUAAAGUGAAUAAAUUUUGUUUAUUCUACCAGAGUAUAUUGGAUGGAUUGGAUAAACUUUAUACCUAUUUUACAAUUUUCUGAAUUUUUGCUAAGCUCAAACAUUAGACAUCCAAUCCUGACAUGUCUAUUUUCAAGAUAUUUGUGUCCAAAUUUUAAAAAAUAUUUUAUUUUGUGUUUAUUACUCAUAUGGAUACUUUAGCAUAUUUAUGUACUCUUCUAUAUUUGUGAGAAUACACAAGUGAUCUUUUGAUUUAUUAUGGCACUUUACACUGCCACAAAGGUAAUAAAGAACUAUAUAUAGAUGUUUAUUCCAUCAAAAAUAUGUACAUCAUUUUACUAUUAUCAGUACCUCUCAGCUUAUUAUUCAGGUGUUAAGAAACUCUACUUAGAUUGGCUCCCACAUAGGGAAGCUCUUUAUCCUAUGCAAUAUUUCUAAUUAAUUUACUUAUUGAGCCAUCAAUUCUACUACAUUUUAAAAGAUUGGUGCUCUAUUUUUAUAAAUGAGAGCUUUCAAAGGAAAAUGAUGCUACAUGCCAUUACAUUAUAUAGUGAUGUAAUACAUACAAGCUGUGAGAAUCAGUUAUACAUGUAUUAGCCAUUUGUUCUAAAUGUCAACAAAAUGUUCACCAGGACAAGAAUGUCCAUUUUCUCUUUAAAAUACCAAAUGUGUUUUAUAUAACAACAGAAAUGUAUAAGAGAUUAUUUCACCUAUGUCAUAUCUGAUACAACUAUAUUCUUAAAAUUGAUCUUCUUGCAAAUUGUUUGUAUGAAGAUGCUAUGUUCAGUUGAGUGAUCGUCAGGUGUUUGUAAUACUAUGUUUUGUUAUCUUCAAAUUUGAAGAAUAUAAUAAAGUUAAAUAAGCACAGCAA